AAGCUGGCGUGCGUGCGUGACGUCGCGUGAGGUAGCUCCGGUCAGGGUCGCCUCGGCGUUUUUUUUCUCCCCGCCCCGCAGUCAUGGCGGCGGAGCAGGAGGCCUUGAAGGGCGGCGGCGGCAACAGUGGCAACAGCGGCCGCAACCGGGGAGGCGUCCAGCGCGUUGAGGGGAAACUCCGCGCCAGCGUGGAGAAGGGAGACUACUACGAGGCUCACCAGAUGUACCGGACUCUGUUCUUCAGGUACAUGUCGCAGGGCAAACAUGCGGAAGCCAGAGAGCUCAUGUAUUCGGGGGCUCUGCUCUUCUUCAGUCAUAAUCAGCAAAACAGCGCAGCUGAUCUCUCCAUGCUUGUUCUGGAAUCCUUAGAGAAAUCAGACGCGAAAGUGACCGAUGAGCUGUUAGAGAACCUGGCAAAAAUGUUCAGCCUGAUGGAUCAAAACUCGCCCGAAAGAGUCGCGUUUGUGUCCAGAGCCCUGAAAUGGUCCAGCGGUGGAUCAGGGAAGCUGGGACAUCCAAAACUACACCAGCUGUUGGCUAUCACAUUAUGGAAAGAGCAGAACUAUUGUGAAUCUCGCUAUCACUUCCUGCACUCCACAGACGGGGAAGGCUGCGCAAAUAUGUUGGUAGAAUAUUCCUCGGCCAAGGGAUAUCGCAGUGAAGUGGACAUGUUUGUGGCGCAAGCUGUGUUACAAUUCCUCUGCUUGAAAAACAAAACUAGCGCCUUGGUGGUUUUCACGACGUACACAGAGAAGCAUCCUUCCAUAGAAAGUGGGCCUCCCUUCGUACAGCCCUUGCUUAACUUCAUCUGGUUUCUGCUGCUGGCGGUUGACGGAGGAAAACUGACCGUAUUUACAGUAUUAUGCGAACAAUAUCAGCCUUCGCUGAAACGGGACCCCAUGUAUAAUGAAUACCUAGACAGAAUAGGACAGCUCUUCUUCGGUGUCCCCCCAAAACAAACGUCAUCCUACGGAGGACUAUUAGGCAAUCUUUUAAACAGCCUCAUGGUAGCCGGGGAAGAGGAGGAAACAGAAGAGCAGCAGGAAAACAGCAGCCCCAUCGAGCUGGAUUGAGCUCCUCCUGAAUCCCUUGGAAUCCCACCAUGUGCUCACCUGAGACUCCCACCACGACGAUGACAAAAACAAAAAACAAAAAAAAAGACAUUGGGAACGAAUCCUGCAGUCGUUCUUCGACAGGUUCAAGGGGGCCCCUUCUGUUAUGUUUAAAAGAAGAAGGUUUGCUGAGAUGUUCAUAAUGUUUUGGUCUAUAUUAUUUAUGUUUAAAAAAAA